AUGUCGACAAUCGCCUCGCUGCAGGGCCUGCGCGGCACUGUGGUGUUUCUCGGGAUCGUCCGUCUUCGACUGGCCGAAGACGCGUCCACGGAUUCCAAUCCGUGUAGUAUCCCACUGGUGAACAUGAGUCAGUUCUCCAUGGUCACCGACCUCCGGGACCUGUCUCGGAGCGUCACGAGGAAGGACAACAACACUCCCCCAAAGCUCAACGUAAGGAGUCGCAUUAUCGUGGUUACGGCGUCGAACGGAGCGCCUGGAUCAACGCUGGUCUCGCGGGCCGUUAGCGGUGCCUUGGCGUGGGGCGACGACGUCAGUAAUCCAUGUCGGCCAACCUCUGGCCUUUCCAAGGCCAGAUGGCAUCCCGACCUGUAUAGGCGUAACGGGAAGGGAUGCAACAGCGCUUCUCCGAGGCUCAACACGGAGCGCCUGGAUCGAGGAUCGAUACUAUUCCGCGGUAGUAUUGUCCUUGGUGUAUUGGCGUGGUUCGGCGGCGUACGGAGCGCAGCGAUGACCGCCGCGAGCUGA